AUGAGAGUGGAAUAUCAUUGUAAAAGAGACGAAUGCAUGAAUAACGAAGUGUUUGUGGAGGGCGACAUGGAUAUAAAUAUAGAUAAAUUGCAGAUAUGUAGGUUGCGUAACAACAGUCUUUAUGACGAUUGCUGUAAUUAUACCGGGUCAUGGUACGCGGCUAACACAGAGACGAUCGUGGUGCGCCAGGCGAGUUGGCAGCCAAAGAAAAAAACCAUCCUGGUGGCGAAGUUUGCUGAUGUGGAUGGGAAUUACCCCAGAGAAUACAGGCGGAGGAAAGACGAAGGCGAGAUCGUUGGCGCGGUUUGGAAAGACAUUGCGAUGAAAGAAAGAGCCUCGAAGGUGAUGAUCAAGAGUUUCCCCAUCGAGCUGUGCUACAAGCUACAUGGUGUCAAUAUGCUGUUUGUAGGCCGGUUUUCCAAAGCCAAGGUGGUGGCGCUACAGAAAUAUUUCAAGAAUCUCCAAGAAUACUUGAUCUAUCACGGUGGGUAUGGCAAUCGGAAUGAGAUAAUCGAAGCACUUUGCCGCAAGCCGGUGGACUUUUUCUUGUGCGAGCGUACGACUGCGACAACGUACAACUAUUCCUUUAGAUUCAACCGUCCGAUGGUGAAUGCCAAGACCUUUGAGAAAUAUAGGAAACAGUUUGUGGACGGGGUGAAGAGCGAAGCACGAACGAGGGUUCAUCAUCCCUCUGUAUUUAAGUUUCAUAUAAACACCCUUGUUUAG